AUGCCACCCCCCCUGUCGGAUGGCCCGAAGCCACCUCCGGCGGCUCCAGCCCCCGGGGAAGAUGCAGCCCCUGCCUCGAACCCAACCGCGCCGGUCACCACGCCGACUCGGCCCGGACGCUUUCCCCCCUUUCAUGGGGCCUUCUCGCCCCACACCCCUGGGCGAGCGGCGUCCCUGGCGGCCGCUUCACCGGGCGCCUCGUCCCCCACUUCGGAGCUGAUUUCCUCGCUGUCAUUGAGCCAGCCGCGCAUGGUCGCUGCCCUUCCCGGUGAGGCCGGAGCCGCUGACGAUCUGUCGGCCACGUCAGCAUCUGCCUUGACACCGACACGCGCCGGGCUCCUCGGCUCAUCUACAAACGCGGGCCCGGGGAACUUCUCGCCAUCCCCCCAGCCAAAGGCCACCGGACCCGGCGCUGCCUCACCAUUGAGUCCCGGGUCGGCAUCGGCAUCGGCAUCGGCAUCGGCAUCGGCAUCGGCAUCGGCAUCGGCGCCGGCUGGACGCGCGCGUCACCAGUCUCCCACGCCCCGUGUGCCUCCCUCUCCGCAAGCGGCGGCCACCACCCUGAGCCCGACCACGCCCAACACCCCGGCCAUGCUUUCAGCUGUCGUGCCGGCCGAGGGGCCUGCCACCUUGGCCUCUGAUCCGGCCAGGUCGACCGGCGACCCCGUCACCAGAGGGGACUCCGUCGACGGCCCCGGCGCCGGCACAACCCCCGCCCCUGCCAAUGGCCUGGCCACCGGGCCCGGGGCCGACAUGUCGGCAGAAUGUGCUCCCUCAGGUGGUCAACUGCCCGUGCCAGCUCCUCUGGUUGCUCCCGGCCCGGAGGACCCGCUUGUACUGGGUCUCCAGCAGGCCACGCUCCGGGGACCGGGCCCACGUCCGAGUCUCAAGGACCUGGCUGAUCCGGAUCUUCGGGAUAUGCCCCCAGCGUGGGGCGGCGCGCUGGCCUUCCAAGGCCCGCUCGGGGUGGCCCUGCCAUUGGAAUGCCAUCCCGACUCGGCGAUCCUCCGUGGGACCCAUCCCUGGGCCGGGCUGCUGCUGUCCCGGCCGGUCCCAUUGGCGGCCCUGCCGGUCGGGAGCCCGGGCUCGGGCCCGGCAUUUGGUGUCAGCCUCACGGACGGGACGAUGCUUGACUUGGUGGACGCAGCACCGGCCAAUGAGGCCGCCAUCCUGUGUGGCCUCUCUGCCCCGCUUGAGUACCCGCCCUAUCUGCUUCUUGAUGGGCUGGCCUCUGGCGAUGAUGGGUCCGAGGAGGAAGAGGAUGAGGAGGAGGAGGAGGAGAAGGAACGGGAAAGCCCGGGUGCCGGUGAUGUCGGUGAUGGCGAGGGCGCCGGCAGCGUGGCGCCCGACGGCCUGGCAGUAUCGUCGCCCGGAGCAGCCGACUCCUCAUCUCGCAAGACCCCCCCCCCCGAGGAGCUGUCUAUCAAGUUGGAAUCCGCUGUUGCGGAGGACUUCAGCGACGACACAUUUGAGACCCCCUCGCCUCCCUCUUCGCCUCAACGAACGGUGGUCGCACGUUCGGACCCCCCUGUUGACUCUCCCAAGUCCCGCCAGCCGGGCACCCCGGGUCGCGGAUCGCCGGCUGUGACCCCGGCCCGGUUGCCCCGGCCCAACGCAGGUGCCGAGACCGCCCCCGGUCCGCUGGUUACCCUGCGUUUUGGCUCCGGGGAGUCGACCGUUGCCGCCAGGGCGCCUGCCCAGGGGCCGGUGGCCGCCGUUUCGUCGGCUCCGGCCGGGCCACCGGCCGGGGCAAGUUCCCUGCCCUUCCGCCAUUUGUGGUCGCUCAUCGGCCACCGGGUGUCGCAUGGCGGGGAGGAAAUUGUCCCGCUUUCGGAUGUCCCAUUCAGUUUGGAGGAGCCGGCCGCCAACCGGAGCUCAAGUGUUCCGGCGGCGUCCAGCGUCGGCGAUGCUCCGGACUCCAAGCAGCGGAGCCCGGCGCCCGCGGGGCCGGCCACGGAGGAUGCCUCCGUGGCGUCGCCGGCGGCAGAACUCCAAUCGCGCCUGGAAUCCACCUCCUUCCCGCCCCUUUUGCGAGCCCUCUCUGGGCCCUUCUCUUUGGAGGGCGCAUCGACCGAGCUCAGCCAGAGUAUCGAAAGCACGGUUGUCUUGUCAGAGGAGUUCCCACGCGAUCGGCUGGAUGUGGAGCAAGUUUUCCAGCUCCUGAAUGCCAUCCGGCCGCCGCCCAAGUCCCGAUGGGAUAGUCCUGACAGACUGAAUCAAGCGGAGCUCUACGAUCGCUUUGAAUAUAUCAUCCAUAGCCUCCAGAACAGCGGCCACGCCAAGUACUUCGCCAAGCCGGUCAGCCGAAAGGAGUAUCCGAACUACCACGAGCUCAUCCGGAAUCCCGUGGAUCUGAGCACCAUCAACCGGCGCAUCGUCAACCGCAGCUACCUGUCCAAGCGCCAGUUUUGCGACGAUGUGGAGCUGAUCUUCACCAAUUGCGAAACCUUCAACGGCACCGACCACUCGCGGGAGGUGGUGCGCGAUGCCUUUGCCCUGCGCAAGCGGUGGGAGCAACUGAAGGGCGAUAUCCCCGAUCUGGAGAUCAUUGAGCGGUCUGCUGAGCCGGAGCGUUUCCAAGAACUUUCUAUGCAAAGGCAAAGGGAACGCCAGGAAAUGCAGCGUCUCGGUGCUCGCAUGCAUUUCCCUUCGGCCGCCGGGACCGGCACCACCGAUCCCACGGCCGGCACCUCCUCCUGGGACCCUUUGAAGACCUUCCUGCCGGCGGCCACGGCGCUGAGCGAUCCAGCGGUGGAGGCUCUCCUCCAGGCGGAAUUCCAAGCUUUGCGCCCGGACGCGGAGUCGGCUCUGCUUGAUCGAGAGGCGGCCGAGAAGUUGGUGCUGACGGCGGUACGUCGCGCGCGUCAGGCCGCCGCAUUGGCCCUACAACAGAAGCAGGAGCAGCUGCAAUUGGAGCAACAGCAGCAGCAGCAGCAGCACCAACAGCAGCAGGCCGAACAGGCCCGGCAGGCCGCCGAUGUGACGGCCCAGCAGAAGAAGAAGCUCGUGGCCGGGGCCGGGUCCGAGGAGUCCACCUCGGCAUAUGCGGAUCCCGCGGCGGCGGCGGCGGCGGCGGCGGCGGCCGCAGCGGCAGCGGCCCUGCCCGGGUCUGCAGAUCAGUCUCCCCUUGAGGGGGGUAUUUGCGAGGGAGGCCUUUCGCCUGGUGGCUCGAGGGGUUCUGGCAGCGCCGCGAGCACCGGACAUCCCGAGGCCGGGUCCACUGCGCCCUCCUCUCCCGGGGCCGCGGGCGCCAGGGCGGGCGACUCGGCCGGCGUCAUGGUGGGCACCGGCGGCGAUGCGGCUCCCGAGGUGAUCGAAGUGCCCGCUGUCCGGGCCCCCUGGUCCGAUGUGCCUGACAUGGAUGCUGCCAAUGGGCCUGACCGGGUGCUGCGGGCGGUGCUUCUUCAGCCCGGGUCGGGUGCCUCGGCAUCUUCGCCGAGCCCCGUGGCUCCGAGGGCACUGGUGGUGGCGGCUUCGCCGCAGCGCGCCGCCGCGGCCAAGGCCCGUCUGGCGGCCGGUGGCUGCCCCUCUCGACGGGUGUCCCUCAUGUUGGAGGUUUGCUUUGCCAAUUUAUCGGCGGCGAAGGCCGGCUCGGCAGCCCCGGGAGCUGCGGCCCUCCUCCGACUCCGGCGAUCGUACCGAGCCUUUGUCGAUCAGUUGCAGCAGCAGCUUUCUCUGCCCCUGGGCGAGCGGUCGGCGAGUGUGCGCAGUCCGGGCCUCCUGCGCGAGGCCUUCCUCUCGGAAAGCCCUCUCAGUGGCCCGGUGGCGGGGUCCCUGCUGGCCGGGGGGCCCCCCGGGGCCGGCCCUUCACAGCCUGUUUUCCAAGUGUGUGCCGGGGCUCUGGCUGGUCGGCCGUUUGGCGCGUCGCCAGCCGCGGCCCUUGGCUUCCCCCUGGCGAUUGACGAUGCCCCGGCGGCCGCCGUAUCCUUGUGUCCAGGGGCGAUGCUGCCGGGCCCGGUGGCAUCGGCACCGAGGGCCUUUGCGCCGGGGCUGGUGCUGCUCCAGGAGCCGGAAAAGCGCCCCCGACUGCCGGACCCCACGGACUCGGGCAGCCCGUGCAAGCGCAUCCGCCCAGCGUCGUCCAGCGGGCCCGAGCAGGCCGGGCAAGUUGCCGAUCUGUGCGCCCCGUGCCGGGCCUCCGGGUUGCUGCUGCGUCACACGCCGGCUGGUGGCCCUGUCGGGGUCGAGCCCAGGGCGGCAUCCUUCUGGCAGUCGGCGGCCUCGGUGCUGCGGGAGCCUUCCUCAUCGGCACAUGUGCUUUUGAGCCAGCAGCUGCUGGUCGAGGGCCUGUCGCAAUUCCAGCUGACGCGACGCCGGCUGGGGUUGGAUUGCGCGGCGGUCGUGGGUGCCGGGGUCCCGGCGUCCGGGCCGGGCUCCCCCGGUCCGGUGGACACCCCGCAGGGGCGCCCGAUUUCGGAGGCCAUUUUCUUGCCAGAGCUCCAUGGCGCCCCUUCGCUGCCGAGUUUGGAGCAUAUGCGGCCGGCUCGCACUGCCCACCUCCCCUACCGGGCAGCCGACUUUUCGCUGUCUGGCUCGCGUCCGAUGGUCGAGCGCACAGCCAGCAUCAUGCAUGCGCAGCAUGCCAAGCGUCUGUUGACCGACAUCAUCGAGCUGGAGGCUGUGCUGCCCUCGCUUGCCAGCGGCGAUUCGGCGGCAAAGCGGGUCCCCUCGCUCUCGAAAAUGCUGGCAUCGGUCGAUGCCGCUCGGCUCUUGUGCGCCAACACGGCCGAGGGCAUGAUGCCCUCCCUGGAUGCCGCUGCUUCUGCUGUGAGUCCGGCGCCCGAGCCGGACAUCCUGGCCCAGCUUGGGCAGGUGGCCAGCGCGGCCCCGCAGACGGCCGUGCACCUGGACGCCGCCACGGCGCGGGCCCACAUCACACGGGCCGUGUCUGCGGUUUUCUCCUCGGUGGGCUUCAGCCACCUGAGUGGCCGGGCGUUGGACGCCACCACCGAGGUACUGGAGGAGUACCUUGGCCGGGCGGCGCGCCUGGUGUCGGCAUCCCUUGCCUCGGCUGGCGCCUUGCUGUUGGAGAAUCCGGACCUGUCCCUGGCCCAGAUGUCCAUGGAUUCGGAGUUCUUCCACCAUGUGGCUCGGCAGCUGGGUUUGAGUCGGGGCUUCUCGCCGGCCAGCGUGGUAUUCAUGCCACCGCUGGCCGCCGAGGAUGACGAGGGCCUGCCGCCCUACAUGAAGCGUGUGCGCAAUGACUUUCACCCCAACAGCAGCAUGUACUUGGUGGGCAAACGCCGGCGCCUCGGCCGGGCGCCCCUGUGGUCCUAUACCACGAACAAUCUCCUGCCGUCGGAUUUGAACCGGCAACGGCUGCCCACCGCCGAGUCCGGAAUCGAGCUGAACCCCAUGCUGACCGGCCUGUCGGCCGAGUUGAUUGGCUCCUCACGGGCCGCUCCGCCGGCUGAUGGGCCUCUGGCUUCGAGUGUGCGCAUGGAUGAUGCGGAGGACCCCCUGGCCAGUGGGGCCGGGCAGUUGGCCUUUCAGCUGGACCAUUUGCCCCAAUCGCAAUGGGCGCCGCCGGGCCGGCCGCUCGGCCUGCAUGAGGACCAGCACCGUGUGGCUGAGCCGCAACAGCGGCAGCAGCAGCACCACCACCACCAGCUUCUUGAGCAGCAGCGGCUUUUGGAGCAACAACGCGACGCCCAACUUCAAGAGCAGCACGAUCAAUUCAUGCGCUCUGGGUCCAUGCCGGGGCCAUUGGUCGAGGUCGCCGCGAUCCCGGAUCUCUUCCCCCGGAGCAUGCCCUCCAGCUGGGGCGAGCCGUUUGCCGCGGCGCCGGCUGUGGCCAUUCCCCGGCCUGGUGGCGGCCUGGCGGAAUCCCUGCUGGCCGAGGACCACACGCCGCCGAACCUGUCGGAUGGGAGCCUGCUCGGCCCGAGUGGAGCGCCAACCGGGACUCCCGUUCUCGGAACCCCGGUGGCCAGUCGACAGGCGUUCUUCCGGCAGAGUGCCAGCCUCGGGGGCUCGCGAGCUGGCUGGUCGCCAGCCGUCCUCCCACGCACCUCCUCGCCCCUGGCGGUGUCUGGUCGGGCCGCGCGCAUGGCCGAGUCCUCCGGGCUAGCCGAGCGGUCGGUCCUUGGGGGCCCCCUCUGGAGGGACUCCCGCCGGCCGGCCGCUCAGCCGAACACGGCCCCACCGGCCGGCGCUGCCCCCCCUGACUCGGGUCUUUUCUCCCUCUCCCGACCGCCGGCCUCUCGAUGGAACCAGGGCCCUAGCUUGGCCAAGUCGGCCGCCUCGGUGGGGGCUGUCGCUCCGACGGCGGCGGCCACCGCGACCCCUGCGGCCAAGGCACCCACCCAGGUAGCAGGCUCCCUACCAUCGAGCGUCCCGACACCGGCUGCGUCAGCGCCGCCCGGUCCGGCAGGCAGUGUGGCCUCGGUGCGGGCAGCGCCCGAGCAGCCACCGGAAGCCCCUGCCGUGCCCUCGAUCUUUCCUGUCGCCCGGCCGCCCGCCGGCACGAGUGUCCUUGCCCGCCCGGGCUCCAGCAUGUCGGGCACCUUGGCCACCUCUACCACUGUGGCUCCCCCGGCUUCGCAGGCCUCCGUGGCUGCUUCGGUUGGGCCGGCUCCCUCGGCCACCUCCGGCUCGGGGGCCAGUUUGGCAGAUCCCUUUGCCGGUCUGCUGGCCAGCCCCGGGUCGUUGAACACCCUGGCCGGCUCCGCCGCCGCUCCGCCUGCCACCUCCAUGGCCCCCGACAUUCCCGCUGCGCUGACGGCGGCCGACUGGCCAACCGGGCUCGAGUCGCUGACUGAGCUCUCGCUCGAGGUGCCGAACUCUGAGGGGCCGCUUUUCAUCGAGACCCCGCCGCUGCCCUGGCUACAGGGAGCCGGAUCGGCGGACGCUCGGGCCCGGGCCCCGGCGCCGGCUGGCCCGCUGGCAACGUCGGCCCCCGGGACGGCGGCCCGGCGCCCCGCCACCAGCUCGCUGGCCACCGUACGCGAUGUUUCCUCCUCGUCGGAGGCGUCCUUCCACGGCGCCUCCACCAAUGGCCGGGCUCCCUUUGUCUCGCGCACUGGCCGCUAUUUGGCCCUGGCCGUCAGCCAACUGGACGAGCAGUCCCCCCUGAUCGGAGGCAAGACCUCCCUUGCUGGGGAUUUGCCGGCCCCGCCGGAGCCCGAAACAUCGAAGCCAGCCGGCCCAGGCCCCGGUCUCUUCGAGGGGCAUUCGGUCCUGGGGCUGGAUGAAGAUCUGCACACAAGCCCGGAUGAUGCGGGCCGGCUGCUGAAUACGCCCCUGCCGUCGGGAUUCCACCGGCCCGGGGCCUUUAUCACACCGGCCGGGCCUGGUGCGGCCCUGGCCAUGCCAUCCACCGAGCCGGUGACCCUGUCGCUGGCAGCCAGUCGCAGUCUCCGGCAAACUCCGGGGACUGACGAGCGCCUGGCCCUGGACCAGGCCUAUGGUCGCUCGGGGCUCUGGCCAGCCCGAGCCCCGGAGCCGGAGCCGGAGCCGGAGCCGGAGCCGGAGCCCGGGCCAGAGGCCGAGCUCGAGGAUGAACACUUUGUCUCGCCAUUCUCCUCGCCACAGCAGCUGGGCCUGCUGCUGGCGUCGCCGGAUCUGCAGCCGAGCCUGGCCCCGAGCGCCGGCCCGGUGGCCGAUCGUGAGCUGGCCUCGGCCCUGCUGGAGACCGAUCUGCCGAUGGCGAUGGCCCCGGCGGCCUCGGGGCCGGCCGGUUCCGACGACGCCGAAUUCGUCCGGCGCAUGAAUCGUCAGACGGAUGCCGCCGUCGUGGCCCAGGAGACCGAUCCCCUGGACGAGCUGUCAUUUGUGGCAGGCCUGCGCGCCGGGGAGGCCUCGGCCCCGGUGGGGUCCGGCGCUGCCGCCUCUGCCCUGGCCUCGGGCCGCUCGCCGCCGGCGCUUUUGUCCUCCAAAAUCGGCGCCCCCAGUGCCUUGUCCUUGGCGUCGGCCACCUUUGCCCCACUCCCGGCUCGUGGCCCAGAUGCCGGUCCUCCUGCGCCGGAAGCUGUUGCCACUGUGGCUCCGAUUGUCCCGGCGAGUGCCGUGGUUCCUGCCCCUCCGGCGGUUGCCCCGGCCCCGGCGGCUCCUCGGGCCGAGGCCACGCGCGAAAUCUCCGCGCCCGGCUCGCGUCCCCGGUCGCAGCUGGCAUCCAGCCUCAUCAGGAUCCCCGGUCGGUCGGAGCCCCAGUCGGCGAUGCCGUCGGUCGAUGCCCGACGGUGGCUUGGCAGCGUGCAAGCGCCCGAGUCCAGUUUCGCCCGGGCCAUGGCCGGUGCUCUGGCCGGAGCGGCCACAGCGGCCACAAUGGCGAUGGCCACACCGGCGGCCGAGCCGGCACUGCUCGCGGCGCCCGAUGCCCAAGUUGCUGCGCAGCCCCCUGCCCAGGUGGCAGCCGCCUCGGCGAAGCUGGCCCCGGCUCCGGCCCCGGCCCCGGCCCCGGCCCCGGCCCCGGCCCCGGCCCCGGCUCCAGACCGGGUGUCGGCCGCAUGCCGGAUCCCGGUGAUGCCCUCUCCGGUAACCACGGCGCCGGAUGGCCAAGCCCAGCCCGUGUCCUCGGCCGUGUCCCUGGCGCAGUCACACCCGCAGAGGUCCUCCACGGUGGCGGCCCUCGCGCCGACCACCCCCCGGCAUGGGGACUCGUACUACACCCUGCAGCCGGGCCUGAGCCAGCUGACCGGCACCCCCUCGCCGGUGACACGAGUCACCUGGCAGUCGAACCUCACCGGGUUCGGAAUCACCGGUGGCGUGGCCCACCGGGCCGUGCCGCGACUUCAGAGCACCAUGCGCCUCGGGCCAGACGCCGGCGCCGGUGACAGUGGCAUGGCCACCUCGACGCCUGCCGGGCCCGGGCGCCUCAGGCCGGCGGACUUGUCGGCCCUGCAUACCCCGACGAUCGGCGGCACCGGGCGAGUGCUGCGCUUCGGCGCGGACGCCAGUCGUCCCCCCCGGCCGCCUUUGACAGCAUUCGUGUCGCCCGGCUCUUCGCCUCCGGCCGGGCCUUCGGCUGCCAUGCCGGCCGGUGCGCCGGCCGCAGCCCUGGCCACCGGGCCGGCCACCACCCCUGCUCCCAUGUCCGAGGACACCCACGCGCAUGCGCCGGCAGCCACAUUGGAGCUCGCCCCGCUGGCCCGGUCCGCCUCGCUCCCCGUCCACCUGGACAGGUCUGCCCUGCCCUCGGCCACGGUGGGGGAGCCUGCUGCGGGGGCCCCCCGUGCGCGUGCUUCGACGAACGCGGGCCCGGUGCCGGAGCCAGCCGCCCUCUCGGCCUCCGGCUCUGGCCCGCCCUCUGGCAGGGCCGAUCUGGCCCCUCCGAGGGACGAUGCGCCGGCGGUUGGGGAUCUGCUUGAGCGAGCGCAAUUCAUCUUCCGCAUGUUUGACUCGCUGCUCGUCACACAGGACACCCCCCCUCCCGGGGGCCCUGGCGGCCAUGACCACACUCCGGCCCGCGACGCGGCGCCAGGCACCCCCCAAACCGUCAUUCGCUUGGGACCCGACGCCGGCCGAGCCAUCGCCCCGGCUGCGGCCAUGGGCUCCCCCGACGACACUAGCUUCCGGGGGGGCGCCCACUCGCCUGGCGAAUUGACCAUGAGCGCAGCCGCUGACGAGUCCCCCGAGCGGGUCUCCUCGGCACCGCCCACCCGGGUGCUGAGCCCCCCCUCGGAGGACAGCUCUUUGGCGAACUUGGCCUUCUUGGAUCUCUCUGCCAUCCAAUUGGACCGCACACGCCUGGAGGAGCUGAUGCCGUACCCGGACGCCGGCGGCCGGGCCUUCCAGCCGGCCUUCCCGCGGCUACUCAAUCUCAACCUUUCAAACAACCAGCUGGACGGUGUCUUCCCCCUGGACCUGAUCAUGUCACACUGCCCGGCAUUGGCCGAGCUGGACGCCUCCAACAAUGGCAUCCUCUCGCUGUGCCUCCGAGGGGAGAUGCAAUUCCUGCAGCUCCGCCGUUUGGAUAUCAGCGCCAAUUGCUUGACCAGUUUGCGACACAUCCAGCGCCUCCCCCGCCUGGAACAUCUCAUCGCCUCGGCCAACCCGCUGGAGCGCCUGUGCGACUGCCAGUACCCCGGAGCGCCGGCCUGCUGCGGUGGCGGCGCCUUUUCCCUGUCCUUCCUCAAAUCCUUGAUCAUCAAUGAGACUCCGAUUGCCGUGGUGGGCCCCUGCUCCGGCGGAUUUACUCUAUCCCUGCCUGGCGAGCCGGACAAUGCACCCUCCUGGCACAUGGGUCAUAUGCGCCAGCUUUCCGCCUCCAACUGCGCGGCCCUCAAAUAUGUGCACCUGGACAUGUUCCCGGCACUGACCUUCCUCGGGCUGGAUGGAUCACCUGUCACGGAAAUUCGCGCAUCCCCACCUUCCGUCACAUCAGCCCUCCAGCUCCAUGUCGAGCUGGGCCGGGUGCCGGAUGCCGAGUGGCGGACCCUCAACCCGACCAUGUUCGGCCGCCUGUGGCGCACAUCCGGGCACCUGGUCAAGUCACUGGCCCUUUCAGACGUGGUGCCCACUUGCAGCCUGGUGGAGCUGCUGCAACCGGUGGCCGACACCGUGGGCAGCAUCACCGUGGCCGAUUCGGCCACGCUGGCGCUCAUCCCCGAAGCCGGCAGCCCGGCGCACAUGCAUGCCCGACCGCUGGCGGCUCUGCGGAAAAUCCGCCUCAAGCGCACGCCCUAUGCCAUUGCCCCCCGGUCGGAUGGGGUCCUGCGUCGGCUUCUGCCCAGUCUCUCGGAGAUCAUCAACUGCACGCCGGGGUUCUGCUCGGUGCGCGGCAGCGCGUCCGGCUCGCCGGCGUCCGGGACCGGCUCUCUGGCGACCUCCUCCGGCGAAGGGGCCCCCGGCCAGGCGCCAGGGCCCUGGUCCCGGUCGUUUGGCGCGCCGGCCGCAGCUGGCUGGUCGGGCGUGCCGGAGCAACCCGGCAACCCGGCCGCGCCGCUCGAAAAUAGCAUGCCGGCUCCGCUGAUGGGCGGCCUGGAUUCCUCGCUGGCAAGCCAACUGGCCAGUCAAUUUGUGGGGAACCUGGACAUCCUGCAGCCGGGCCAUUUGACGAGCCCGCUAUUGCGUGAUCUGGAGCUGGCAGACUGGCCGGCCCCGGGUGAUGUGCCCGCUCAGCAGGUGGCUGAUCGACUGGCGGCCCCGCCGGCUUUGGCCGACGGUCCGCCCGCGUCGGCGAUCGCUGCCGGCGAGGAGCCGGGCCCUGGUGCCUCGCCCACACCGUCCGGCAUCCUGCCGGUGCGCGAUCCGCACCUGGGCCUGGAGCUGAUUGGGCUUCGUGCCGGCUGGUCGGCUGGCCCCGGGGCCAAUGCCCAAGUGGCUGCCGCCUGCCAGGCUUUCCUGGACUCCUGCUCGCUGGUCGGACUUGGGACGGGGAAGCAAAUCCGGCGACGGGUGCUGCGCGGCUCGCCGCGGCCAGCCGGCAGCACCGAGGCCAUCCGCCGUCUGCUGGCGGACAUCCCCGGGGGCCGGCACAGCCCGGCCCUGCGGGUGGCCUUCGCCGGCGGGCAUGCCGACAUUCUUGAGCGCCUGGCAGCGCCCAGUCGCCGGCCUCGGCGGGCACAUGGCUCCUCGGCGCAUCGGCUCGCCUGGUCCGAUUGGCCGGGGCUGUGUGAGGCAGUGGCAAGCCGCAAUUCGGUGGCCGAGUCGCCUGCCGGAGCCUUCAGCGCGCUGGUGUGUCUCCUGUGGCUUGGCCGCGCGGUGGAUAGCGACCAUGGCCGGUCCUUCCACGAGGUGGCCUCAUCGCUGCUGCGCCCGGCGGCCGAUCGGCACCCGGAGAUGUCCCCAUGGGCCGGCGGGUCGGACAUGCUUGGGUUCCCGAAUACGGUGCUCGCCGGCCCCGGGGCUGGCCCCGGGGUGGAGGAACUUGCCUCGGCCGGGCCUCAGGCCGGAGACCUGGCUUGGCGCGUGGCCAGCAAGAUGUUGGCCACCGGCACCGUAUGGCUGGCCAAUCCGACCGGCGCCGCGCGCGUGGUUCCCCUCUUCUGGCUGGACUAUACAAUGUGA